CCCCCACCUCUCCCACCUCCACCUCUCUCUCUUUUUUUCUCUCUCUCUCUUUCUCUCCUCCCUCUGCGUGCAUCCAGCCCCUCCGUCCCUCCUCGCUCCGCUCCUCUCCUCCACACGCACAAAACGCUCUGUCAUGGCGUCUUCCAACCAUGUUACCCCCACCAACUGUAGCUGGUGGCCCAUCUCAGCCAUGGAUGAGGACGGCAAAGUGGCGGACGGAGAGGAGAGCGAGGAGCCCACGGCGGAGUCCAAACCCUUCAACAAAGACAGGCUGGUUUUGUACCACUGGACGCAGUCUUUCGCCUCACAGAAGGUACGUCUCGUGAUCCAUGAGAAGAAUCUGGUGUGUGAUGAGAGGGAUGUGAGUUUGCCGCUGCAGGAGCACAAAGAGCCCUGGUUCAUGAGACUGAAUCUGGGGGAGGAGGUUCCCGUCUUCCUCCACGGAGACACCAUCAUCAGCGACUACAACCAGAUUAUAGACUACAUGGAGAAAAACUUUGUGGGAGAGGCGGUGGCUCAGCUGAUUCCUGACCCGGACUCGCCUCUCUACGACCGCGUGCAGCAGUACCGCCACCUGCUGGACGGCCUGCCCAUGGAUGCUUACACGCACGGCUGCAUCCUCCAUCCAGAGCUCACCACCGACUCUAUGAUCCCAAAGUACGCCACCGCAGAAAUACGUAGACACUUGGCUAACGCUGCGACUGAGCUGAUGAAACUGGACCAUGAAGAACCUCAGCUGACAGAACCUCAUUUGUCCAAGCAGAAAAAGCUAAUGGCGAAAAUCUUGGACCAUGACAAUGUGAACUACUUGAAGAAAAUCCUGGGGGAGUUAGCCAUGGUUCUGGACCAAGUGGAGGCUGAACUUGAGAAAAGAAAACUAGAAUAUCAAGGUCAGAAGUGUGAGUUGUGGCUUUGUGGACCUGAAUUUACGCUAGCUGAUAUCUGCCUUGGAGCCUUGUUGCACAGGCUCAAGUUCUUGGGACUUUCUAGGAAAUACUGGGAGGACGGCAGCCGGCCCAACCUGCAGUCCUUUUUCGUGCGUGUCCAAAAACGCUACGCUUUUCGAAAGGUGUUGGGCGACAUCCACACGACUCUCCUGUCAGCAGUCCUACCCAACGCCUUCCGAAUGGUAAAAAAGAAGCCGCCAUCUUUCUUCGGGGCCUCGUUUCUCAUGGGCUCUCUGGGUGGGAUGGGCUACUUUGCCUACUGGUAUUUAAAAAAGAAAUACAUGUAGUGAAUGCCCUCUUGUUGUGUUAAAUGUCUGUGUAUUUGUGUGAUGCUUUAACUUUUCUGUAAUGUUUUAUGACUGCAGGAAAAUAUAAUGAAUCUAUAUAGAAAACACUAUUACUUACCUGAGUACACAAAGAAAUAUGAAAACAUUCCAUAGUAUGAAUUCAAUGACAGCACAUUUUCUGGUAGUAAAGGCCUUUGUUAAUUCUUCAUUUCUGAAACUUGCAGCUUUUGUGCAUGCAAGAUCUCAUUUAUUUAUGAUUUAUUUUAGUUUUAGUUUUUGGGAGGCAUGCAUCAUUUCCACAUUAAAACAAAGACCUGGUUAAAACGGUGAGCAUAACCAACUCUUCCAUUUCUUUGAGUUUCCAGCUCAUAAAAUCACUGCAUAUAAAUAAAUAUGUUCUGAAAAGUGCUGCUCUGCUGGAAACUGCCAGAUAAAAUGCUACGGAAAGAUUUUUUUUAGUACGGGUUUUGUUUUUUUUUUUAGUAUGGGUUUUGUUUCCUAGGAGGAAAUUGUUUAAGACUGGUAAAAGUUUUGAUCUUUCUGAAAUAUAUCAGAUUUAUUGUACAGAUAUCACUGAUGCCCCUUCAAAAAUAUUUCAAAUUACCACAGUUGUUAGUUGUUAAUGAUGAUGCAUCUCAGAGGUAUUUUUGUCCUUUGAUAGAAUAAAGUUAGCUGCUUUUGUAUAAUAAUUUAAC